CGAAAACAAAUCCAACAUGGCGGCUUUCAGAUUGUUGGUUUGUUGUGUCCUACUUUUCUUUCCUCAUUUCGUAGAUUCCAUACCAGAACCUGGUAAACUGACGAUGACAUUUACAAAGGGUGGUCAAGUUGAAGGUUUUUCAAAAGCUUUAUAUAAAGAUGCUAUAAUAAGAGCAAAAGGGAAAUGCUUAUCAGCAAAAAAAACAGUCAUAACGAUUUUGUGGAGAUUGAAAUAUACUCAGUGUGCAGACGGUUUUUUCCAGUUUGCUAAGCAUAUUGACAGUCUAUGGGAUGCAGGAAGAAAUCAUGAACUAUCUGGAGAAGACACAAUAACAUGCAAUGGACAAAUACAUUUAUCAGAUAAAUCAAAUCAAAAAGAACGUAUUGAACUUCCCACAGCAGUUAAUAAAACAAUCCUGUCAGACAAGAAAGAUGAAACACCAACAGACGCUAAAUCAAGAAGGUCUGGUGAAAAAAAGGCGAAAAAAAUAAUAAAGGAAAUGAAUAAAGGAAAAAGUUCAAAGAAGAGGUCUCACCAUCGUAAUAGAAGAGAUACUAAAUCAAAGCCUGCACAAGAUACAGAAGAUGAUAAUGAUGCACAAGAUGAUGAUGUUGGAAAGACAACACGUAAACCAGCAAAAACUACUCCUGAGUUAACAACAAAGCUGAAGACAAUAACUACAGUAGCUAAAACAAAGGCAACUGAAAUAUCAACAGAGGCAUCAGAGUUGGCAACUGAUCAUAAAGUAGAUUCCCAUCCAGAAAAGAAGAAACCGGGCACCAAUCGCAUCACAAACACCAAACGAGAUGGUAUAUACAUGCUUAUUGUUAAAGUUGAAUCAGAUGUUGAUGCUGUUUUUGAGCUUAAUCUUGAAGUGGCUAUGGAGAGCAAGUCUGGAUAUUUGUCAGCAACUGAUUGGCCUUUACUACCUUUUUAUGGGGUCAUGUCGUUAGUCUACCUGUUUUAUGGGAUUGUUUGGCUGAUAGUCUCAGCAUGUCAGUGGAGAGAUCUUCUCAGAAUACAGUUUUGGAUUGGUGGAGUUAUUGCUUUAGGAAUGCUUGAGAAGGCAGUAUUUUACUCAGAAUACAAUAACAUCAAUAAUACUGGAUUAACUACACCAAGUCUUGUUGUGUUUGCUGAAGUUGUAUCUGUAGCCAAAAGGACUUUAGCACGUAUGCUUGUCAUCAUUGUCAGCAUGGGAUUUGGUAUUGUAAAACCAAGGCUUGGAAAGUCUCUCCAUCGUGUGCUUGGUGUUGGUGCACUGUAUUUUAUUCUUGGUGUUGUAGAAGGUUCCAUGAGAUCACUCAGUUUGAAAGCUGACCCAAGUAAAGAGCAAUUAGUUGCAGGCAUCCCGUUGGCUGUUCUUGAUGCUGCCAUCUGUUGGUGGAUAUUCAUGUCUCUGGUUCAAACUACACGCACACUGAGAAUCAGAAGAAAUGUUGUCAAACUGUCAUUGUACAGACAUUUUACCAACACACUUAUCUUUGCUGUACUGGCUUCUGUUGCUUACAUGGUGUGGUCAAUCAAGACUCACAGAUUUGCUGACUGUCUUAAGGAUUGGUCUGAAUUAUGGCUUGAUGAAGCAUUUUGGCAUUUCCUGUUCUCAAUCCUCUUGCUGGUCAUAAUGAUAUUAUGGAGACCAACUGCUAAUAAUCAAAGAUAUGCGUUUACACCAAUUGUGGAUUUUGACGAUGAUGAUGAAGAGGACAAUGUUACUCUCUCUGAAGCGUUUGAUGGAAUGAAGAUGAGAAACACAAGAACUGAGGUUGUCAUCAAUGGUUCAGAUUCUAAGAAAAAAGCUGAAGACGAUUUGAAGUGGGUUGAAGAACAUAUUCCAUCAUCUGCAGCAGACACGGUUUUACCAAGUGUCCUGGACUCAGAUGAGGAACUGAUGACUACAAAAUUCGAGAUGUCAAAAAUGGAUUAAUUUAUAAAAUAAAGUGAAAUAAGUGACAAUAAGGUCAAGACAAGAUUGGACUACUGCAUGGGAAUAAAUUCACACAUAUGAAUCUGAACUUAUUCUCAUCAGAGCUUCUUCCCGAACCCCAUGUAAUUCUUUCUAUAAUAUAACUGAACAAUGACAAUGUUAUUUUCUUUCACGUUCGUAUUUUAAGAUUUUAAGUCAUUUUUUUACUACCUCCUGUUCUUCAUGUUUUUGAAAACAACUGUUUUACUCUUUUGGGGUCAAUAAUUUAAAUCGCUAGUAUGCUCGGGACUACAGAUCUCGCUACAUUUGUUUUCAAAAGUAUUGUGAAACCUUUUUAUGUCAAAUACAGAACAACAUGGCAUAGUUUAUGAUUUAAUAAAAACUCAGGCUAUAUGUAUGUCCAAAAAAGCGUUGGCAAUUAAAAUCAGUGGGAAUUCUGAUGUAAAAUUGUGUAUAACUUAUCUGAGAGCAAAGUUAGUGGAGGAAGACUGUCUCCCUCUACUAUGUCUAAAAGUUAUAACGUGAAUUUUCCCUGUGGAUUGCCAACGUCCUUUUCGGUAUACCUUUAAACAAAAUAAUCCUCGUAGUGUUUAAAUUGCAAUUGUCAACAAUCAUGCUUUAUACUUAGUUUAUAUGUUUAGAUUAAUCUUGAGGCUUUAGAGCUGUUGUUGCAUGUCUUAAGUAGUUGAUUUCAGUUCAAAUUUACGAUAGAAACAAAUGAGCUUGUUGCAAACGGUGUUCAAAUCAUUGCUGACACGCGUAAAAUCCACGAACUAGACAAGGACUAGUUCAACACUAUCCACCAUAUUUUUUUCUUUGAGAAAUUUCAGUGACACAUUUCGCAUUUUCUUUCUUUCUGUUUUUUUUUUUUUUUUCUGGACACGGUUUUUGGGCAGCAUUAAUGAUAUAAUUACAUAUGUGCAAUAUAUUGUAAGCGCGUAAUAAGAUAAAAUAAAAUUAUUUAAAGAUA